CUUUAUAAUGUCGUCAUGUACGUGGUGGGGACUGGAUAUUUUUCUUCUUCCUCUGCAGUUGUCGAGUUGUUGAUCGCGGCGCACGACUGUUUCAGUCUCACCUGUAACAUGGAGGGCAUCGUGCGAGUGCUUCAGGGCGCCCGCCACCUUAGCCACGCCUACCUCGCUCCAGGAGAGCACUACAGCCUGCUGGUGCGUCUGCUAACAGGUAUCGGCAGAUACAAUGAAAUGACGUACGUCUUCGACCUGCUGCAUCAAAACCAUCGCUUUGAGAUGCUGCUGAGAAAGAAGGUGGACAUGGACCGAGGACAGUGCUCCAGUCUGAAGACGGCUCUGCUGGACUACAUCAAACGCUGCCUCCCCGCCGACAGCGAGAAGCACAACAUGGUGGCGCUGUGCUUCAGCAUGAGGAGGGAGAUCGGAGAGAACCACGAGAUGGCUGCCAGGACGCAGCUGAAGAUCAUCGAGGCUCAGCCGUGGGUCGUCACUCCUGACCUGGAGAGCUCGCUGGUCAAAGUGUUGGGUCUGCUGAAGGACGCUGCGGAGAGUUUCUCCAAGGUGUGUGUGUGUGUGUUCUUGUCUGUAA